CAGCAGUUAAAAAUUGCGAUUCUUCAAGUGUGUGUAAAUUUUUCCAUUUAAACAUGAAUUAACCGGCGAAAACUUCAUCUAAAACGACCGGAAUUUCGUCAAGGCUUGCCAGAUGAAUGGUUUAUCAUUCUCGGAGAUCUGCUGCCUGUUUUGUUGCCCGCCAUGUCCAUCGAAGAUCGCUGCAAAGCUUGCAUUCCUACCUCCCGAGCCGACCUAUUCUGUCACGACUCACGAAGACGGUAAUUUUUCACUUCAUCUCACAGAACGCGCAGAAUGGCAAUUUAGCCAGUCGGAACUAGACAACAUCGAAGUAUUUAAAACGAAAUCAAAGAACGGGAAUAGCAUUUGUUGUAUGUAUGUGAAUACGUCGCCAAAUGCGCGAUUUACGUUGCUUUUUAGCCACGGCAAUGCCGUCGAUUUGGGUCAAAUGUCGAGCUUUUACAUCGGGCUUGGCCAGAGAAUAAACUGCAAUAUUUUAUCGUACGAUUACUCAGGGUACGGCGAAAGCAGUGGCAAUGCCUCCGAGAGUAAUUUGUAUUCGGAUAUAGAGGCAGCCUGGGGUGCGGCUAGAUCAAAAUACGGUCUCAGCCCUGAAAAUAUUGUCCUUUAUGGCCAGAGCAUUGGUACAGUCCCUACUAUAGAUUUAGCCUCGAAGUUCGAGUGUGCGGCCGUGAUCUUACACUCUCCUUUAACAUCUGGUAUGCGGGUUGCAUUUCCUGAUACUAAACGGACGUGGUGUUGCGAUGCUUUUCCAAGCAUUGAGAAAGUCUCGAAGAUUGUGUCGCCAGUUUUAGUUAUUCAUGGCACAGAGGAUGAAGUUAUUGACUUUUCUCAUGGUCUGGCCAUAUAUGAAAGAUGCCCCCGUAAAGUCGACCCUCUCUGGGUGGAGGGUGCUGGUCACAAUGAUGUCGAGCUGUAUGGACAAUAUUUAGAACGCCUUAAAAAAUUUUUGCAACAUGAGAUAGUCAAUUAGCACGUAUUGUUGGAGUAUAAUCACUGUGUAGUACAACCUUACCUUGUUUUUAUCUUGAGAUGGCUAGGCAUAGUAGUUUAGAUAAGUUAAAGCGACCACAUGCUGGAGAAAGUCUGUAGAUUUGACCAGGGAGGAUUCUCCAAUUGAAAUUAAGAUGAAACAGCUUAUAGAAAUUUUCAAAAUAAUCGAAGAGUGGUGGGGCAAUCCCCAAAAUCUUCCCAUCAAAUGUUGUGUAAGAAUUGCCAAGGAAAACAAGGAAAUUCUGUUAUAUUUGACCCUAAGGCUUUUAUUACUUGAAUUGUCAAGAUGUUUUUAUGUAUUUCAGGCAGUUGUUAUGCCUCAUUUGAUGAGAAGUGAUUUGAUAUUUUCAGUUAGAAGAGACAUUUGCAUAUUAUUUGAUUGGUUGCUAAGAUUUGAUUUAAAUGUCCGUCUUGGGUUAAGAUAUUACUGACGAUAUGUUCUCCUAACUGGAGAUCAUUCUAAAUUCUUCCAAGGAUCCUUUUACAUAUUAUUAUAUUCCCUUGUUAAUGCAAUUCUGACAAGUAGUUAAAUAUUUAUUGCUCAUUAUAACCACAAAUAGAUAACAGAACUCGUAGAACGUCAACAUGUACACUUGUGUGGUACUCUCGUUAAAUUUAUACAGUUUUCGUGAACCUAAUCAUUCCAUUGCCGUUUUUCUAGGGUUUCCACAAUGCAAGGAAAUUUCCUUGCAAUUGGCCACCACUAGGGUGCGAGGGAUCUGUUUUAAUACAGUAUUUUAUGCAUUCUUUUCAAAAGUUCUUCAUUUCUCUCUUGUGUGUCAUUACCAUUCCCCUAUGAGGACAGUCGUAUGCAAAUAAGUUGUGGAAACCCUGGUUUUUCAGCCAAUACCUAAAUAUAGUCUACACACAUGGGGAUAUAAAAUGCAUUAAUCUUUGUUAAAACGUUGUUCAUAGUAUGCUCAUUUUCUAUAUACAUAGGAAGAAAUAAUCUUGUAUAUGUAAAUAGUUACACAAGUUGAGUGUAUUAAUAAUUAUAGUAAUAAUGAUUACAAUAUGACAAGAUUUAAAAUCUCCUUUUUAUCA